AAGGAUAGAUAUCCUUAAAUCUAAAGGUAUUAUGUUUUCCCAGUCGCCCCAAAUGGGGGAUAAAUUGUGUGGAAUUUGCUUUAGGAACUAUGUCAACCUAAAGCAACACCUCCUCGUGUCCCACAACAUUCCAAACAUGACUGAGUUUCGACUUCUCUUAAAAUAUGGAAAUGGACGAAUCACUUCAAAACUGGAUUGUCCUAUUUGCGACAAAAGAAGCUUCAUCCGCCUGGACAAACACCUUAUCACCAAUCACUCAGUGUCUUCUUUUGAGGAGCGAGAGGAGGUGAUGAAACAGGCCAAAAGAGCUGCUGUGGUCAAACAGCUGAGUGAACUGAGGUCCCUAAACCCCCCUGUGCCAAUGGCAUCAACACUGGACAUUGACAAUGAGAGAGAGAGGGUGAGGAAGGAGGCCAGACCAGCAGCUGCAGUGAAACUGCAGCAGAAAAAGAGGUCCUCAACCCCCCCUGUGCCCAUGACAGGUGAUGAUGACCCUCCUGCUGAGAGAGAUGACAACGGUCCCUCUUUUGAGCACCCUCACCUGGAGCAACAAGGACUAGAGCCCAUCUUCACCUCCACCCCCAACUUUUCUGCUGGAACUUACCAGCAGUCUUCCAUCUCUGCAACCUCAACAGAUCCAGUUCCAGUGUUCCCAGACAGUCCCUCGCCCGUCCUCCCGGGUCACUUGAGUGCCUCUCCUGAGCACAGUCCUUCUCCCCUUCUUCCCGCAGCCAAAGACCUUUCUGCCCAUGUGAGUCAGCUCCAUUCAUACAGCCUUCAAAGCCAAGUGGAGAGCUCUCCCCCUCUCCUUUUCCCCUGCACAUCUUAUGUAACAACAGCUGCUGAACCUCAUCAAGCCAGCCUUCCAGGGUACUCGUGCCCAUGCCAAUGCAAGCAAUUUGAACAGAGAUUGAAGUCCCUGGAAGCAAAAAUGGACAAGUUUUUGGAACGGCAGACAUCGUCAUCGAAGAAAAUAACACCAUCACCACAUCUGUCUGCACAAAAGGGGGAAUGGGUUCGGAAGACAGGAAAGUCACCCAAGAACAAACCUUUAUUUGAAAAAGUUCUCCAAGACUUCCACAGCUUUCGCCUGGGUGCAAGAACGGGGCGUAAGGAUAGGGAGAAUGCAAAGCAGGCCAUGAGCCAUGGGUUCCGCUUUUGCCUUUACAUGGCCUCUGGCCAACCAGCAUCCAUGACCAGUGACCUCAGGUUCCUUGGGGAUGUAAACAGGUUGCGUGUCUGGCCAGCCUACCUGACAAAGAAGGGAUAUUCCCCCACCACAGUGAAGAACAUGCUCCAUAAUGUAGCGAGCUUUUUCAACCAUGUUGAAAAUUGCUUCAUGUCGCAAAGCCGGCUGAAGCACAAGGACCUGGUGGCUAUGAGGUACGAGCUCAAGAGUUUACAGUCUGAUGUCCAACGACAGGUUGUCGUCCACCGACAGAAGGUGUUAAAGAAAAAGUCAGAUGAUCAGCUCGACGCAGGACAGGCAAAGGAAUUUAUGAAGGCUGCCAGGAAAAAAAUUCCUAAACUGUUAAGAUCUUUGUCCCAAACCCUCUGCCACUGA